AUGGGACAAGACGUGAUUGAAGAGACAGAGUUGAAAAAUGCCAAUGGACAUACUAACGGCAAGCCCUUGAACGGCAAGCCGCGAGGGCCCGUAGAGGCAGAGAGCGACCAGACGGAUGAGAACAUCUUCAUCUUCAUUCCCAACUUGAUCGGCUACUUCCGCAUCGUUUUAUGUCUCGCAUCGCUUUAUUUCAUGCCGCUGCAUCCACGACGCUGCAGCUUUCUGUACUCCAUCUCCUGCUUACUGGAUGCCUUGGACGGGAUCGCCGCGCGCAAGUAUGAGCAGAGCACACGAUUUGGUGCGGUACUGGAUAUGGUGACAGAUCGCUGCACCACGACCUGCUUGCUGGUCUUUCUUGCGACUGCAAAGCCGGCUUACAGCAUGAUUUUCCAAGGCCUGAUCUCUCUGGAUCUGGCAAGCCACUACAUGCAUAUGUAUGCGACGCUGGUUAUGGGAGGCCAGACUCAGAGCCACAAGAAUGUCGAUGCGAAGAGAAGCUAUAUCAUGAACUUGUACUAUACCAACAAGAUGGUGCUCUUCUUCACCUGCGCCUUGAACGAGCUGUUCUUCAUCGCACUCUACCUCCUCUGCUUCAGCUCGCCCAUCAUCACCCCAGCCCUCAACGCAGGAGCAAUGGAACUGGCCCGUGCUAACAAGAUGGACUCGACAAUCCCUUGGAUCCUGACAAUCGCAAGCGCCCCGGUGAUGCUUUUCAAGCAGUGGGUGAACAUCAUCCAGCUGGUCAAGGCCAGCAAGUGGCUUGCGGAGGGCGAUCGCAUGGAUAGGAAGAAGCUGGGUCUGCCACGUCGGAGGGGCAUCGCUGGCAGAGGCCAGAAGGAGCUUUGA